AGAACUCUGCAAAACAAGAGGCUGAGGAUUGCGUUAGCGGUAAACCAGUUCACGCCGGAGCUCUAGGGAGGAAGCGUCUCCGUCGGACUCGGCCGCUCUGAGGAGAAUCUCGCACCAGGCCGCGCCGCCAUGGGCAAGGGAGACCCCAACAAGCCGCGGGGCAAGAUGUCCUCGUACGCCUUCUUCGUGCAGACCUGCCGCGAGGAGCACAAGAAGAAGCACCCCGACUCCUCGGUCAACUUCGCCGAGUUCUCCAAGAAGUGCUCGGAGCGGUGGAAGACCAUGUCUGCCAAGGAGAAGUCGAAGUUCGAGGACAUGGCGAAGAGCGAUAAAGCGCGCUAUGACAGGGAGAUGAAAAACUACGUCCCGCCCAAGGGAGGCGAUAAGAGAGGAAAGAAGAAAGACCCGAAUGCUCCCAAAAGACCGCCAUCUGCCUUCUUCCUGUUUUGCUCCGAACAUCGCCCAAAGAUCAAAAGUGAACACCCAGGCCUGUCCAUUGGAGACACUGCGAAGAAAUUGGGUGAAAUGUGGUCUGAGCAGUCAGCCAAAGAUAAACAGCCAUAUGAACAAAAAGCGGCGAAGCUAAAGGAGAAGUACGAAAAGGAUAUUGCUGCAUACCGUGCCAAGGGCAAAAGUGAAGCAGGAAAGAAGGGUCCUGGUAGGCCAACAGGCUCAAAGAAGAAGAAUGAACCAGAAGAUGAAGAGGAGGAGGAGGAAGAGGAAGAAGAGGAAGAUGAGGAGGAAGAGGAUGAAGAUGAAGAAUAAGUGGCUGUCCUGUAAUGGCAUGUGGAGUAUAUGUGUGCUCAGGCAAUUGUUUUGCUAAGAAUGUGAAUUCAAGUGCAGCUCAACAUUAGCUUCAGUAUAAAAACUGUACAGAUUUUUGUAUAGCUGAUAAAAUUCUUUGUAGAAAAAAAUACUUUUUUAAAAAAUUCAGGUUGUAGCUUUUUGAGGGGCUACUACAUACAGUUAGAUUUUAAAGCUUUUGAUGUUGAAUGUUCCUAAAUAUUUAAUGGUUUCUUUCAUGUGUAUGGUAGCACAACAAAUUUGCAGGAACUAGUACCAAUAGUAAGUUUUGGGAUUUUUUUUUUUUUAGGAUGUUGCAUUUUGUGUUUUUUAAAAAAAUUUGUAAUAAAAUUAUGUAUAUUACUUCUAUUGUCUUUGUUUUAAUAAGCUGAAGUAGCUUUCCCUUAAAACACAAGCCAGGGGGCCUUGACAGAUUUUUAAAGAUUUUUGCCUUACAGUUUUUGUAAGGCACAGUUGGUUUAGUAGUUUCCAGAGAAAAAAGAAAACAAAACACAUACUUUCUAAGAACCAGAUCUAGAACUUAGUGAACUUUAAAAAUCUGUGCUUUUGCAGAAUAACUAAGCUUUGUCCUUGACAUUUUUGUUCAUUUAUUACUUGUUCAAAUAAUUUUUUUUUUUUACCUUAAGGAUGGUAAAUCAUAAAAGCAUAAAUAUGUUGACAAAUAUAAAAAUCAUUAGUAGUAAUGUUAAAUUUUGUUGAAGUAGUUCAAAACUGGUUUUGAAUUACAUUUUUUUAAAAUGCUGUGUAACUACCCUAAGAAAGUAUUUGAAGUGAUUGUGAUGCUUCCUAUCUAAUUUAACUACAUUUCACUAGGAUUGGUACUUGCAGGGGAAGGCAUUUUAGGAAUGCUUGAUGAGAGAGUUAACUUGUAAAUUAAGAUAACUAUUUUGAAUUAUUAGAGGUUGUUAGUGAAAGCUGAUCAUCUAUAGAAUAAAUGCUAACAGAAGAAAUCUUGACAUUUCAUAGUUAAGAUGUCACUAUCUUAUCUUGGUGGCCUAUCAUUUUAAGAUGAAAGUCAAGAUCCUGAGUACCCAACAAGAGCUUUGGUUGACCUAUGCUAUAUUUGUAAUGAAUAUUUCCUGCAGAUUAUUUUGUUUUUGUUAGUGAGGUGUUAGCAGAAGUGGCAAGAAUAAAAUAUACUCAACAUUUCA